AUGGCCAAGUCACGCUUCGAAUACGUCAAAAACUAUGAGCUCCCAGACCCUCUCAUGCCAAACGCCCACAUCGUCGUCCGCGUAGACGGCCGCGGCUUCCACAAGUUUUCGGACGCUCACAACUUUGAAAAGCCAAACGAUGUGCGCGCGUUGGACCUUAUGAACCGCGCCGCCAAAGCUGUGAUGGAGGAGUUUGGCGAUGUGGUCCUGGCAUUCGGCGAGAGUGACGAGUUCAGCUUCCUCAUGAGGAGACAAACAAACGUCUAUGGGCGUAGGAGAAGCAAACUCAACUCGGCCAUCUGCUCCAUCUUCACCUCGGCAUAUGUGUUCUACUGGCCAAAGUACUUCCCCAACAAUGAGCUGCUGUACCCGCCAACAUUUGACUCGCGUGUCGUGCUGUACCCGACCGACAAGGAGAUUCGGGACUACUUCUCUUGGCGCCAGGCAGACACCCACAUCAACAACUUGUACAACACCUGCUUCUGGGCACUCAUCCACGACGGCUUGACAGCACGAGAGGCGAACAAGGAGCUGCAGGGAACAGACUCGAAGCAGAAGAACGAGAUGCUGUUCACCCGCUUCAAGACAAAUUACAACAACCUCCCAGCCUACUUCCGCAAGGGCAGCACUCUUGCACGAGUCGACCCCAACCCCAUGCCUGUGACCCUAGAGCCAGACGUCUCGGACGACGUGGCGGCCGACUCGGCCACGAGCGGCGUGCAGACCCCUGUCACGACUGACGCUGACGAGGAUGACGCCAGUGCCCAGCCUCGGGGGGCAGGAGGCAGUGCCAUGCCCGCCAAGCGUCUGGCCAAGAGGAAGCCCUACGAGGGGACCACAGGCGAGAUUGUCACCAUGCACGAGGACAUCAUCCGCAACCCAUUCUGGCGCGCGAGGCCAUGGCUGUUGGCGUAA